AUGGCAGAGCUGGCGCUGGCGAUUAUUCCCCUGGGAAUAACAGUUACAUCUGGUCUCACCAAGUAUCUCAAAGCCUUCAACGAUCACGAUGACGACCGCGCUCGGCUUGUGCGUCAGGCCGAACGCUUUGAGAGCACGUUUCAAUCACUUGACGCCGCCCUCAAACGUUCCGAGCUUGACCCAGGGCUCUCUUCGUCAGCAUCAGAGGCUCAUGCUAGUCUCAAAGAAUGUCACAAAGCACUGAAAGAGCUGGAAGCCCUUCAACAUAAAGUCUUUGCCACCACUACCAGUGUUGCAUCAACGGCUCCUCGCGCGCGUAAAAAAGACAAGAUCAAGGGUGGAUGUAAGAAGCUUAUGUAUCCGCUACAAAAGCCCGAUAUCGAAGUUCUAGAAGGAGCUUUAAGUAGGCUUUCAACGACCCUCAAUCUAGCUCUAGGGAUACUGCAUCUAGAUGGAGAAUCUUUAACCAGAAAGACUUUGAACGAGCAAAUGGUCGAGAUUCAGAAAAACACAGUCAUUACUUCUAUUACCUCGACGUCUAUCGAGGAACUGCGCCAACCUAUCUCGAAAAUCGAUUUGGCCCUCCCCGUUCUCCAAACUUCCGUUGAUUCUGUUAUUCCCCAUGUUAAUCAGAGAUUCGACCAGAUCUCUUAUCAGAUUGCGUACCAACAAGCCCAGAUGCAGGCUCAAAUCAAGACGCUUCUCGAUGCGGCCGAACUUACAAGAUAUCAGGGUCGCCCAGAAACAAGUCAACCGCGUUUACAAGAUCACUCUGAAGGACAAGGCAACCAUCUUUUGACCGGUGAGAAUGACUGGAAACUUACUGCGCUUGCCAAAAGGGAUCUCGUAUCGAUGUGUUCUUGCCCGUCACGACGCAUGCGUCAGGACAAAACGUUUGCUCUAGGCUCAAUUCAUUUCGCCGAAGAGAUGCUAUCCGAUCACUGUCACGAAAAAGACUGUGUUUUCUUUCUCAUGCCAUCAGGCUACGAAAAGGCACGAACCGUCCGUUUUACAGGCUUUGCUUCUCUCUUUAAAAGGGGGCUUGAAGUGUCUUUCAUUACUCGUGCUCGGGCAGGGGGAUUCAGUAUCAGCCCCUCUUUCACGUACUUUCCAGUGGUUGAUGAGAAAGUCGCGCCAGGAUUUCUAGUCAUGUCUCUUCUUCAUCGCGCAAGCAGACUCGAGAACAUGAAUGAGACAAGAUCUAGAAUAAUUUUGAGCGCGGCGCAGCGAAAGUUUCAAGAGCUGUUUUGCUCGGGAAGAGCAAGUCCUAACGAUGUUACCCAAGAUAAUUAUACCCUACUUCAUCUUCUAAUUGACUCGCUAAGCUUUGAGUUAAGAACUUUGCAAGGAGCAAAUUCCUCAUUCGUGGGCUUGGCGUGUGAAUGCUUGCUCAGUUUUCUUGUUGCCGCGGGCACAUCUGUCACAGUUCACAGCCGAAAUGGAGAGACUGCGAUCCAUCGAAUACUCCCUGGGACCUUUGUUCCCGCCUCUAUUUAUCGCCAGCUGAAUGCUGAGAAUGAAGCAGCAGCUUUCCGCUAUGCAUUCCUUUCAUUUUUGGAGGAUAGGCGUGGACUUCUUGAUUAUCACAAUCUUAACCAGAGUGUUGCAAGAAUUCACUAUGGUCCUUUAGGGUUAGCAAUCAUCCAAAACAAUCUACGAGAAGUCGAGCGGAUCAUCUCUUUACAUCCGAACAAGCUUGAAGAGCUAAGUUACUAUGAGGAGACGCCGUUACACAUAGCCAUUUAUAGGCCAGAUAUAUUGAAAGUACUGGCCAAGAAAGCAAAUCCUAAAGAUUGGAUUCGAAGCAGCCAUGAUGGCGCGACUGUUCUUAACGUUGCAGUUCAAGUCAGCCGUGAGAUCUGUAACUCGGGGAGUAUUCUGGAUGAAUCAUGUUGUCCAUGCACCUUACAGCUUCGGAUCAUUCUAGCCGCUGGAUGCCCCAUCAUACCUUACCGUGAUUUCCGUCGUUGCAAGAGUUUGUAUCCCCCAGAAGAGUCUUUCUUCGAAGCUUCCCCUCACUGCAAAAGACUUCUAAUAAAGGAAUUGCGACAUCGUCGUUGGCAGCUGCGAGACUUGGCCAGAAACCAGCUCUCGAUCACCGAGUUCAGUAAUUUUACAACUCUGGAGGGAGUACCUGAUAUUGAAGCCAUCGACAUGGAUAGGCUGCUUCGUCAAAAAGACAUUCUUGGUUUAGGACCCCUCUCAACUUUCGUGGAUUGGAGCCUGUCUCAACAGCCUCAGCAGGAUAUCAGGUACUAUUCUAGGUCAAUAUUCUUCGAUCUGAUAAACCCUGGAGACGCAGAUCUCUUCUUUGACGCCGGCUUCAUGAUAUGCGCUGAUCAAGAUGACGACUCUUCAUUAGAUAGAGCACUUAUAGCAAGAAUUAUCCCAACCUUGCGUUUCAUUUCACUCGACUACGCAAUAUGGCUUUUCGAACAUCAAGCCCCUUUAUGGAAAUGGAGCUACAGAUUCCCUGGCCCGAUGCCUUCGGCUUUCGUUCUUGCCGACAUUCUCGGCAUUCAAGACUACAAAUUUCCUGGUCAAGACAAAACAAGGGACAAGGCCGAAAGUUAUCUGGGCGAGUCGACUUUAGUCGAUAGCUGCAUAUGUUUAUGUUCACCUGACGGCUGCACGCCUUUCGCCUCGAGAAUGAAGUGGCUCGCACAUCCCCAUGAGAAACCCCAAGACCAAACACCUCAGGAUAUUGCAACGAGAUUCGGUUGUUAUGUGGAAGCAUAUGGCAACCGCCUGGAUAUGGAGCAUCAUGUCAUCAUGGUGCAACAAGCAACAUUUGCUGCCCUGGAACUAGAGCAUACGUGUUUGGAUAAGCCUGCAUAUAAUCAUAUGCCGGGUCAACCCUAUUGGAUAUACUGGCUAGACCCAGUGACAGAACUGAAGCUAGAUGAGAUAGAGUUCGAGAUUCUCAAUGUAGACGCGGAGGCGAGGAAUCAGUUGGAGAACGUGCUCGCCAUGUUUCAGGGUUUCGUGCUAACUGGAGACCAAACAAUUACCUCAAGCCAGAAUGGCGGUUGUGACAUCGAUCACUCAGUAUCCAAUGAGCCGAAUGUCGUUGGCGUAGCCGACCUCCACUACCAGCGGGUUUUGGAAUUCUGGCGGCACAUCUGGGUAAAUAGGAUUAAGGAUGCUCUGGAUGCUGUAGCCAAAGCAUGGGACGAUAAGCUUGAUGGAAUGAAUGAUCUUGUUCAAAUUUCCACUUGUGAGGAGGCAGUACAAGGAACAAGAGACAGCCUCGAGGGUGAUGAUGAUGAGAUUUUUAACAAGAUUGUACAACGGAUUCAGGAUCUCUAA